AUGUUUUCUCUUGGUGUUGAGGAGGGAGAUCAAUGGUUGUGGCUCCCGGAACCCUCACAUGGUUACUCUGUUCGGGGGGCUUAUUCCGUGUUGACUUCUAAAGAUUUACCGUUGGUGGACUCGGCAGCGGAGAUGAUUUGGCACAGACAGGUUCCUUUGAAGGUAUCAGUCUUUGCUUGGCGGCUUCUUCGUGAUCGGUUGCCUACCAAAUCGAAUCUGAUAUAUAGAGGUGUAAUUCCAUCAGAAGCUGGUUUGUGUGUCUACGGGUGCGGUGUUUUGGAAUCAGCGCAACAUUUGUUUCUCUCUUGUUCGUACUUUGCUUUACUUUGGUCGUUGGUUCGUGAUUGGAUUGGUUUUGUUGGAGUGGACACUAAUGUUUUGUCUGAUCAUUUUGUUCAGUUUGUUCACUCAACAGGUGGAAGUAAGGUUUCUCAGUCUUUUCUCCAGCUUAUUUGGCUUCUUUGUGCCUGGGUCUUAUGGACUGAACGUAACAAUAUGUGUUUCAAUGAUUCUAUUACUCCUUUACCCAGAAUCCUGAAGUAG